AUGCCGUAUACGUCAGAAUUUUCUGAACAGAAAGAUAUGACCAAACACCCCGUCAACAGCCCUGGCAGAUUUAAUCCGAUACCCCAAACCGAAGGAGCUGGCGGAGUUACAACAAACAAAUCCAGUAGUGUCCAAAACCUACCUUUUGACUCCCAGCAUGCGCACCACUCGCAGCCCGCCGAUGAGAGAAAAACUUUUUGUGCUGCGGAAAAUACGCUGGUAAAGAUGGAGGUCGAAAAAGCGUAUGGGACGUUUAAAGACGCUGCUCCAGCGCCGGUCCCCGUUAACUCUGCCCUUCGCAGGGAUUCCGCGGGACCUACGGCGCUCCAAACGGAUGGUUCUACAGCUGUUCGUGGCGCAUUAAUGUCUUCCUAUUGCAAAGACGCGUCACCUAUUAAAAAUGCCAUGAAAAGCACAAUGGAGCAAAACAAUGCCACGGGCAGCUGGGCAUCCAUGAGCCAGACCACCGUCAUACUGGGGACAGAUGGGAAUACUUCUGUUCUGCCUGGCACGGUAAGCGGGGAUGACGAUGAUGAGGAAGGAGGGGAUGAGAACAAAGCCAGGGGGAAUUGGUCGAAUAAACUGGAUUUCAUUCUUUCUAUGGUUGGCUACGCUGUCGGUUUGGGUAAUGUGUGGAGAUUUCCAUAUUUAGCCUUCCAAAAUGGAGGAGGUGCUUUUUUGAUACCUUACCUGAUAAUGCUGUGCCUCGCUGGAAUCCCUAUAUUUUUACUCGAAGUAUCUCUUGGACAGUUCGCCAGCCAGGGCCCUGUAUCAGUAUGGAAAGCUAUUCCAUCCCUUCAAGGUUGCGGGAUUGCCAUGUUGAUUAUAUCUGUCUUAAUAGCCAUAUACUAUAAUAUUAUUAUGUGCUGGACAUUGUACUACCUGUUCGCUUCAUUGAAGGGCUCACUCCCAUGGGCUAACUGUAAGAAUUCGUGGAACACCCCAGACUGUAAAGACAAAGACAUGCUUAAGCUAGAUAGCUGCAUACUGCGGGUUGGGAACAUCACAUCUAUAAAGAACACUACCAACUGUUUGGCUAACGCCAUUGGGGGCAAACUAACAAACCUCACCUCAGAAAACAAAACCUAUGUCAGCCCCAGUGAAGAGUAUUUUAAGUACAACGUGUUACACAUUUCUAAGGGGAUUGAAUACCCUGGAGAUAUCCAGUGGCCUCUGGCUCUCUGCUUGUUCUUGGCCUGGGUUAUUGUUUAUGCAUCUCUGGCAAAAGGAAUCAAGUCAUCUGGGAAAGUGGUGUACUUCACAGCCACUUUCCCCUAUGUGGUGCUGAUUAUUCUACUGAUCAGGGGAAUCACUCUUCCUGGGGCUGCAUCUGGCAUUCUCUACUUCAUAACACCCAAGUGGGAAAAACUUAAUGAUGCCAAGGUGUGGAAGGAUGCUGCUACUCAGAUUUUCUUCUCCCUGUCUGCAGCCUGGGGUGGACUCAUCACUCUGUCUUCCUACAACAAGUUCCACAAUAACUGUUAUAGGGACACUAUCAUAGUGACAUGCACAAACAGUGCCACCAGUAUCUUUGCAGGGUUUGUCAUCUUCUCUGUGAUAGGGUACAUGGCACAUGAGCUGAAAGUGCCCAUCGAGAAGGUCGCUGAUGAAGGGCCUGGCAUUGCCUUUGUGGUGUACCCUGAGGCCUUGACCAGACUGCCUGUUUCUCCCUUCUGGGCCAUCAUCUUCUUCCUCAUGUUGCUGACACUGGGGCUGGAUACCAUGUUUGCCACAAUUGAGACCAUUGUGACAUCAGUGUCUGAUGAAUUCCCCAAAUACCUUCGCAAGCACAAAACCAUCUUCACCCUGGUGUGCUGCAUUGCUUUCUUUGUGCUGGGCUUCCCCAUGAUCACUGAGAAUGGAAUGUACAUGCUACAGCUGGUGGAUACAUAUGCGGCAUCAUACUCUCUUGUUAUUAUCGCCAUUUUUGAAUUGGUGGGAGUCUCAUACAUAUAUGGCUUGCAGAGGUUCUGUGAAGACAUUGAAAUGAUGAUCGGAUUCCAGCCAAAUAAAUUCUGGAGAAUUUGCUGGGCUUUUGUGACACCAACUAUUCUUACAUUCAUUCUGAGUUUGAGUUUCUACCAGUGGAAGGUCAUGACCUAUGAGGACUAUACCUACCCGACCUGGUCAAUGGUUCUGGGCUGGUUGAUGGUGAUGUGCUCUGUCAUCUGGAUUCCCAUCAUGUUUGUGAUCAAAAUGCAUCUGGCACCUGGUACCUUCAUUGAGCGGCUGAAACUGGUGUGCUCACCUCAACCUGACUGGGGCCCCUUCCUCAUGAAGCACCGUGGGGAGCGCUACAAAAACAUGAUUGACCCCCUCGGGACAAGCUCGCUAGGACUCAAGCUCCCACCCAAGGAUUUUGAGCUGAGAUCUCAAUAUCAGUAG